AAGACAAUCAACCGUCUGUUAAACAGCAAUCAACAAAUAUUAUCAUUCCUUUAAAGAAAUCAGACAUGGAUGAGCGCUUUGCCUUUCUGGCUGAGUGGUACGACCCCAGUGCUGCUCUCCUGCGACGAUACCAGCUGCUCUACUACCCUAAAGAUGGCUCUGUGGAGAUGUUUGAUAUGAAGAACCAGCGCACCUUUCUACGGAGGACCAAGUUUGAUGAGAUUCAUCCAGAGGAUCUGUUUGUUGGCAACCGAGUAAACGUCUUUUCCCGUCAGCUGAACCUCAUAGGUUACGGGGAUCAGUACACAGCCAACAAACUGGGCAGUAAGAAGGAGAGGACUUUGGCUAUGAUUAAGCCGGACGCUGUCACAAAAGUUGGCGACAUUAUUCAGAUGAUUUAUGAUGCCAACCUUAUUGUCACCAAAGCCAAAAUGACCAAACUUACAUGGAAGCAGGCAGCGGACUUUUACACGGAACAUCAGUCAAAGUCUUUUUUCAAUAAUUUGGUGCAGUUUGUGAGCUCCGGUCCCGUGAUUGCUAUGGAGCUGAUGGGGGAUGAGGCAGUGUCUACCUGGAGAAAAGUUCUAGGCCCGACUGAUUCUGGUGUGGCACAAAAAGAUGCAGCGAAUAGUCUUAGAGGCCAGUUUGGUACCGAUGGCACUAAGAAUGCAGGACAUGGGUCCGACUCGUUGGCAUCUGCUGCACGGGAGCUGGAGUUCUUCUUCCCUUCUACUACUGGUCACGGUCCCUCCAACACAGCCAUGUACUCAGACUGCACCUGCUCUAUCAUUAAACCUCAUGCCAUCUCAGAAGUGUUUACGGGAAAGAUCCUUAAGUCAAUUAUAGAAAAUGGAUUUGAGAUAUCUGCCCUACAAAUGUUCAACAUGGAUCGAGUGAAUGCUGAGGAGUUUUUAGAGGUUUAUAAAGGGGUUGUAGCCGAGUACACUAAUGUGGUGGAUGAACUUUGUUCCGGACCUUGCAUGGCCCUGGAGAUCCAUGCUGCUGAUUCACCCAGAACCUUUCGGGAGUUCUGUGGACCUGCAGACCCUGAAAUUGCACGCCACCUUCGGCCCACCACUUUGCGAGCGCUCUACGGCAAAAACAAAGUGCAGAAUGCCGUUCACUGCACCGAUCUACCGGAAGACGGGAUUCUGGAGGUCCAAUAUUUCUUUAAGAUUUUAGAUGUGUGAAGCAACCACGAGAGACGACCAUCCAGCAGUUAUUUAAAUAAAGACCACUUCAACAAUA